AUGACAGCAAGAACAACAGCUGAAGCCCUAUUUCACAACUUCAUAACUUACUAUGGAAUACUAUCAAGAAUCCACAGUGACCAAGGAGCAAAUUUUGAGAGCAAAAUCAUAAAGGAACUGUGUAACAUCACCGGCAUGAAGAAAUCCAGAACUACUACAUAUCAUGCAAUGGGAAAGGGGAUGACUGAACGCUUUAAUAGGACAUUGUUGGACAUGCUAGGAACAUUAGAGCCACAUCAGAAAUCUAAUUGGAAGUCUCAUGUUGCACCAUUAGUCCAUGCAUACAAUUGCACACGCCAUGAGAGUACCAAUCAGUCACCUUACUACCUCAUGUUUGGACGGGAACCACGGCUUCCAGUUGACUUGGCCUUUGGUAUUAACAACCAGCAACAGAAAACAUUGUCCAAGUACAUAGAAGACCUUCGCCAGAAAAUGAAGAAAGCUUAUGAAAUUGCAACGUCAUCAGCAACAGCAGCCCGUUUUAAACAAAAAGAAGUAUAUGAUAUGAAGACAAGGGGAAACAACAUCAAAGAGGGGGAUAGGGUCUUAGUGAAAAUUGUCAGUUUCGAUGGCAAACAUAAAAUAGCAGACAGAUGGGAGGAGGACAUCUACAUAGAAUCAGAACCAGUACAAGAGACCACUAGUGAUAGUGAAUCUGAGGAGGAGUCAGACAAUGAGGUACCGGUACCAAGCUUUAGUCAGGACAUCCCACAUGAUGCUAAUGACGAAGGAGAAAGUCAGGUAGGGAUAGAAGUUGAGGACGCUCAACAAGCUGAAGAUUCAGAUGAAGUGGAAACUGAACAACAGCAACUUACAACUGACCAGUUGGGAGAGGUGUCACAGGGUGACAAUAGUCAAGUAUGCAUUGAAGAUGCUGCAGAGAUUGCACCUGAAGAAACACUAGUGGAGGAUGAUGAAGAAGAGCAGCAAGUCAGGAGAAGUACUCGACAGAAAACACAGCCAUCCUGGAUGAGGAGUGGUGAAUUUGUACAGUCUGUCCAAAGAGGUAAAAGUACUGAGGAUCCUUGGAACGCAAAGGAGAAGAUACAGUACCUACAGAGUAUCCUGAUCACUUGUUCCUGUAGAGGGUUUGAGAACAAAAUCAUUGAUACAAUGAUUUAUCUAAUGAAGCAGUAA